UCUUUCCCUAAGGAUAUACAGCAGCACCAGCAGCUCACUGGUGCUGAAGAGUUUUUUUUCUCCAUUGGAUGCCGGUUUGACCUUUGAAAAUGGACAUACGUGUUACAAGCAUCCUCCUCCUCUUUGUGGCCUUGACUGCUGCCCAUGGAGAGAGAUACGUGGUGAAGAAGCUGGUGAAGGCUGCCCCCCAGUACCAGCCCUACUCUGUGAAGAGCCACGUGAUGUCAGUGGCAGGUGAGCCUGGUGCCCCAGGUGAGCCCGGCCCUGAGGGACCCGCUGGCCCUCCUGGCGCCCCAGGUGAGAGCGCUGUCGGCUAUCCUGGACCCCAAGGACCUCCUGGACCUCCCGGAUCUCCUGGGCGCUCCAUCUCUGGCAAGCCUGGAUCUCCAGGUGGACCUGGCAAACCUGGCAUCCCUGGUGCCCACGGUGAGAAGGGAGACACUGGUGCCCCUGGCCCUCAGGGGCCAAGGGGAGCACCCGGAUCUUCUGGAAGCCCUGGACCUGCUGGACUCUCCGCUACUGGCAAGCCCGGACCUUCUGGUCUGCCUGGAGCAAUGGGACCCAGAGGUGAACCCGGUCUGAAGGGACAUCCAGGUGUACCUGGACUGCCAGGAGCUAAGGGUGAUAGAGGAGUGGGAGCAACCGGACCUCAGGGUGCAACAGGACCUGUUGGACCCAUGGGCCAAACUGGAGCCCCUGGUGAGCCCGGUGUAGGAAAGCCAGGAAAGUCAGGUAUGCCCGGUGAGCCAGGAAAGGCAGGUAGCCCAGGUAGAGAUGGUGCCACUGGUCCCAUGGGACCACAGGGACCUAAGGGACACACUGGUGCCCCUGGUGUAGGUGUUGCAGGUAAACCAGGUGAGAAUGGAGCCCCAGGCAUGCCCGGCCCUACUGGCCCUAAAGGCAACCAGGGACCUGCUGGAGCCCCUGGUGCCCCAGGUGUUCCUGGAUAUGGCAAGCCAGGUGCAAAUGGAGAGAAGGGAGAGAGAGGAGCCACAGGUGCCACAGGUGCCCCUGGUGCAAAGGGUGAGCAAGGUGCAACUGGCGCCACUGGUGCUACAGGUGCAACUGGACCUACUGGUCCUGCUGGUCCUCAGGGUCCCAUUGGUUUCCCAGGUGAGAGUGGCCCUUCUGGUCCUAAAGGUGAUGCAGGUGCACAUGGACCUCAGGGACCUAAGGGAUACAAGGGAGAUCAGGGAGCUCAGGGUUUCCCAGGUAAACAGGGUUAUCCAGGCCCAGCUGGCCCCACUGGCCCCAGGGGAGCCACUGGAGCUACAGGUGGCAAAGGUGAUGCAGGUGCCCCAGGUGCCUCAGGUGCCCCAGGUAUUCCUGGACCCGCUGGUCCCAAAGGUCUUCCCGGCCGUGCAGGUGAGCCCGGUGGUGCUGGUGCUGAUGGUGCUCCAGGUCCCAGAGGACCAGUUGGACCCUCUGGUCCCGGUGGUGCUCCUGGUGCAAAGGGACACCCAGGUCUUCCUGGUGCUCCCGGCCCUGCUGGUUUGGCUGCUAAGGGUCUCCCUGGACCACAGGGUCCCGCUGGUGCUCCUGGUGAUGAUGGUGCUGAUGGAGAGCCAGGCCCAGCUGGUCCUCCUGGUCCUCCCGGUCCUCCUGGUGAGGUUGUGUUUGAGAAGGGCAUGGGUGUUGGUGAGGUUAUGGUCAAGGCUCCCAUGUCUGCUUUCACUGCCUCUCUGGCCACUCCCUACCCCGAGGCUGGCACCCCCAUUAAGUUUGAUCAGAUAGUGUACAAUGCUGAGAAUCACUAUGACCCCGAGACUGGCAUGUUCACUUGCCAGGUGCCAGGAGUUUACUACUUCUCUUACAGCAUCCAUGUUAAUGGUGCUCAUGCCCUGGUGGCUCUGUACAAGAAUGGGCAGCCUGUUAUGUUCACCUAUGAUGAGUACAACAAGGGCUUCCUGGACCAGAUGUCAGGUAGCGCUGUUCUGUUGCUCGAUGACCAGGACACAGUCUAUGUCCAGAUCCCUGAUGAGGAGGCCAAUGGUGUCUUUGCUGCCGAGAAUGUCCACUGCUCUUUCUCUGGGUUCCUCAUUGCUUCAACGUGAUACGUUGGCAGUUCCUAAAGGCCAAACAACUAAAUUUGCUACCUAUUUCUCAAACUAAGGGAAACUCCCUGUGAUUUUUUCCUCAGCCAAAAACCCAGACAGGUAGUUUAUGCCCUCUUUGAGGAAUAGUAGCAUCUUGACUUGAAAAAUACAAGAAAUGGGUGCUUAGAAGAAGGAAAUCUAAUUUAUAAAAACAGGUUAUCAGGGAUGGGGAAAGCAAUCCACAAAGUUACAAGUGAGCUUUUGUAAUGGAGACAGCAUGUGAAAUUGAGGUUUUAUAACUGUGUUGUGUCCUGAAUUUUUCUUUUCCACUCUACUCCUUUUAUACUGAUUUCAACUGGUGAUUCUUAUUUUUGUGUUUGUCUGUUUUUUGUACAACCUCAUUUUUGGUGACCAAUAAUCUUAUUAAAAGUACACAAAUACUUUCUGUGCAACAUGUUGUACCUGUUGUCCUUGUAUGUGACUUGAAUAUUGUGAAAUAGUAAUGGUCAAAUUGACCAUUAUAAUGAUUUAAGACACCAACAAUGCUGUCAUACCGAUACAAACUGUUUACCAACAACAUUGUUAUAUCCCUAAAUAAUGCAUUAUGUCAUGUAAUACAUAAUGACCAAAAUAAAAGUUG